UGUCGGUCUUUUUUUCAUAGCAGAGAUGGCAGAGGGAGACAAAAAGGCCAAGAAGAAGCACGGGAGCCGGAACCCGGUUCUGGCCAGGGGCAUUGGCCGCUACUCCCGGUCCGCUAUGUACGCCCGCAGGGCUAUGUACAAGAGGAAGACCAAGACCACUGAGACCAAGAUCGAGAAAAAGAUUAGGGUGAAGCCCCAGGCAACUGUUGUCAAGACAGUUGGAGGAGACAAGAAUGGAGGCACUCGUGUUGUCAAGCAGCGCAAGAUGCCCCGCUACUACCCCACAGAGGAUGUUCCCCGUAAGCUGAAAAGCCAUGGCAAGAAGCCCUUCAGCCAGCACAAGAGGAAACUGCGUAGCUCCAUCACUCCUGGAACAGUCCUCGUCCUGCUCACUGGUCGCCACCGUGGAAAGCGUGUGGUCUUCCUGAAGCAGCUUUCAAGCGGUCUUCUGCUCGUCACUGGCCCUCUUGCCUUGAACAGAGUACCCCUGCGCAGGGCUCACCAGAAGUUCUGCAUUGCCACCGCCACCAAAGUUGACAUCACUGGCAUGAAGAUCCCUAAAACUCUGAACGAUGCCUACUUCAAGAAGAAGAAGCUGAGGAGGCCCCGUCACCAGGAGGGAGAGAUCUUUGACACAGAGAAAGAGAAGUACCAGCUGACAGAGCAGAGGAAGGAGGACCAGAAGGCUGUUGAUGCACAGCUCCUGCCCCUCAUCAAGAAGGUACCUCAGCUCAAAGGGUACCUGCGCUCUUCCUUCUGCCUGUCUAAUGGUGUCUACCCCCACAAGCUGGUUUUCUAAAUGUGUUGUAAUAAAGAGUACCACCGUCUAA